AUUGCAUCUAAGAGUAAUAAUAAAAAUACUAUGGAGUUAACUCUUUUCGAUGAUGUGGAUGAAACAGAUAUAUCAUGCAGAGAUAAAAUUCAGCUACUAUUACAUGAAUUGAAAGAGCAAGAUGAGGAGUAUAUGGAGGAUUGAAAGAAAAAAUGAUAAUAUACUGGCAUCAACCUUGGUAUCAAAGAACUGGUUGGCUAACUAGGAAAAUUGAGCAAAAUGAAGAUGAACAUGAAAAAUUUCGGACUGAUAAAUUUACCUUAACUGAAUGUGAGCGUGUGCAUAAAAAUUGGUUAAAAUUCGUGAAGAAAUUUCAGGUACCUGAUCAACCAGUGAGGUUAGCAAGAUGGAAAAGUAAAGGAAAAAGUAAAAUAAGUAAAUUUGGACCAGAGGAAUAUGUGAGACGUUAUAUCAUUUCCUAUCUUGCUAGAGGUCUAGAAAGAAAUCUCCACCAAGUAUUUCAACAUUUUAAUGUAUGCUAUGGUACACUUAAUAAGGGACCAUAUACAAAACUUGAAACAAAAGUAAUACAACUCUGUUAUUACCAUUUUCCUGAAGAUGCUGUACAGUAUGCUUCUCGAUUAUUAUGUAGAGAAACUAGAGGAGUUCAGAUGAAGAUACAUUUGGAUUUUAAAGAUAAUCUUAGAAAGAAAAGACCUAAAGUAAGAUGGAACUUGGACAGUGCAACAAAAUUUUUAAAAUUAAUCAUGAAAUUUACUGGUCUUCAUCUUGAAGAACUAAAAUAUAAAAAAAUUGACAAAUCUAUUUGGGUAAAGAUGGAAGAUGAGAUGGAUAAAGAUGCUAAAACAUUACAUUUUUUCUGGUACUAUUAUUUACAUGUUCAAAUAUUUGUAAAAUUAGACCUAAAACUUAAGAAAAUCAAAAAGAAAGUCAUAAAAGUAAUCGAAUCAUAUCCAUAUCGAGUUUGGACAGAUAUCAAUUGGAAAGAUUUAGUGCAACAUUUUCCUGAUGGUGUAACAUCUGGCUUUUUGUAUAAUAUUUGUGUCCAUUCUGCGAUACAAUAUAAAAAUUAUUUAAAAGCACCACUUCAUGAAGUUCUUGAUUUUGUAAAGGAGAAAAUUAAAACUUCAAAUAAACGCCUUAAAACAUUAACUUUAAAUAAUGAUGGCAUGUUAGAAGUUGUUUGUUACAAUAAUUCAAAACACAAAGAAAUUAAAGAAGAGAAAUAUUAUAACAACCUUUUAUUGAUACUGUAAUCACAUAUAAUAAUAGUCAUGGAAAUUGUCUAGGAAUUUCCUUUUUGAAACUAACAAAAAUAGUUCAUAUAAUUCUAAUAUUAUUCUUGUUUUAAUUUGGGUUUGUAAUAUUUAGUAACAUGACUUAGCCCCAAUUAAAAAGCAUAGAAACCUCACUAUGCUGUACACAAACGAACGGAUAUGUUGAUCCUUUAUUUUCUAAGUAGAACCUGUGUUUAAAAUGAUUACAAUACAAUGUUUUGUCCUGUGGUUGGUUAGCAGUAGGAUCAUUUUUUGUAGACAAUUUCAAUAGAUGAAAUAUGUAGC